UUUUUCACACACAGGCAAUUUCCAUAUCAUUCAGUCUCAUAUUCAAGGUGUUUUAGCUCACGGGCAGUAAAGACUUCUUGUGCUCUUUUAAAGAGACCUCAAGUCAAGGCUUCACCAACCCUGAGCAAUUCUCUCCCAAAACCUGUACUCAUUAUGAGAAGGAUUCUAUACCUAAUGGUCCCCAUGAAUGGACUACUCGCUGGCUUUGUUGAGGGGAAUCAAGACUGCACUUCAUGUUACCAGCUGGACAUCGGAGUGGCUAUUGGAAUCAUCACUUGUGACAUCAUCCUCACACUCUUCAUUGCUCUCUCAGUCUAUUGUUUCAUUUCCCAUCAGAAAAGAAGAGGCAGUUUACAUACACAUGCCAGAUGCUGUGGGUCAGGUAAAGCAAAAACUCACCAGCCAUCAAUGAGGCCAAAGACGAUUGAAAUGGAAUCACCUUAUCAGGAACUUUAUGGAGUCCAAUCAGACAUAUACAGUGAUCUUCAGCAGUAUCGGAAAUGAGGUGACCAUGUGAAAUGUAAUGUUAAUCGUGGGUCGUGUGAAAACCUAAGAAUAUUUGGAGGUUGCAUACGUUUCUAAACUGCCUGUCACAAAUAUGUAUUUGGUAUAAAUA